AUGCAGUACAGUUGGCUGCCACAGGAACGGCGCCAGCUGAGGAUAAGGGAGAAACCUCCUUUGGUUAUAUCGCUGCAGCGCUAUGCGCGGCUCCAGGCGAAUGCCGGCCAGGCCGACAAGGAGCAGCAGCGGCAGAAGCAGCGGCAGCGUCAGCUUUACGAGGAGCAGCUGCGUCUGGGCGGCGAGGAGCUGCUGCGUCGCUUCGGCGGCCGCAAGCUGUGCCCCACCGAGGAGGAGCAGUGCCUGAGAGACCAGCUGCAGCAGCAGGCAGAUCAGCAGCUGGCCAAGCAGCGUGCGCUCGAGGAGAGCGCAGGGGUGCAGCGCGAGGAGCAGCUAAGGCAACGGCAGCGCAUCGAGAAGGCGCAGCAGUUGCUGGAGGAACUGCGUCCGGGACCACGGGAACUGCACUGCGCCAAGCAGCAGAGUGAGGUGCUCCGCGGCAUCAUUGCCCAGAGGCAGCUGCAGGCACAGUUUGCGGCGGCAGCGGAGCAGCAGCGCACGCUGGACAGGCGCAGCUAUAGCGAGCAGGUGCUCAAUGGGCUGGAAGAGGCGCAGUUGCGUCAACGGGAGCGACGCCAGCAGCUGGGAGAGCACAAGCGCGACCUGCUCAAAUCCAUCGAGCAGCGGCAGCAGGAACGCAGCGCUGCCAAAGCGGAGCAGCUGGAACUGGCACGCCAGGAACGGCAGCGCAAUGAGCUGCAACUGAAGCAGCAGCUGGACAAGGAGCGCGCCGAGCAGGCGGCCAGGGUGCAGCAGAGGCGCCAGCACACGCUGGCAUCCCUAGACGCAGCCGAGCAGCGGCGGCAGCAAUUGCAGCUGCUGGAUAGGGUGGAGCUGGCGGUAUGCGAGGUGCACAACGAGGCGAAGGCCAAGCUGGACAGCCUGAAGAUCGAUCUGGCCAAGCAGCGUGUGCAGCGGCGACUGCAGCGCAAUGAGCAGCUGGCCAAGGAGCUGGCACCGCGGCUGCACUACAGCGCUGGCGAGGAUCAGCUGCGCCACGAGCGACAGCUGGCGGAGAUGCGACGAGCGCACAGUGUCGAGCAGCAGAACGCUCGCCAGCGGCGGCAGCAGAUCAAAGCCGAACGCCUGGCCAUGCAGCGGUCCGAGCAGGAGCAGGCCGAGGCAGCCAAGCGGCAAGCGGAGGCACAACGUCGCGAUGACAUGGACAGACGACUGCAGAACGAGCUGAUUCACGUGCAGUUCAAGCGGCAGCAGCGCCAGGAGCAGCUGCGUCGCCAACACGAGCUGCGCGCCCAGCUGGACAAACAGGAGCAGCUGCGUCUCAAAGAGGAAGCGCGUCCGACCACCAAUUACAAUCGCCUGGCGCAGCUGGAGUGCCUGCGCGAGGAUGCCCACUUCAUGGAGUACGCCCAUCGGCUGAUGACCGCGGCGCAGGCCAAGGGCUGUCCCCUCAAUCCAUUUGUGCGCGUCCUGGACCAGUACAAAAGCCAGAAUCGCAUUGGCGCCGAGGUGCGGAUACCAAGGCAUCUGAUCACCAAAUUGACCAUGGGACGACGCACCAAAGGCGACAGCUCGGCGGACCGGGAGGAGACCAAGGAACAGACACCAAAUGAGGAGGAAGAGUACAAAACGAGAAUCGAGGAGAAUCUCAAGAAAAUUGAAGCCCUGCUGCUGGCAGAGGCAAAGAUGAAAGACGAGGCGAAGAACUAA